AUGCGCAACACUUUCCUCGUAGCUCUUGCGUGCGCCUCCGCCAUCACCGGAGUCACAGCUCACCCGGAACGUCAUGACCAUUCCAAGGUCCACCCACCAGCGAUUCACGCAAGAGGCACAGACAAAUGUGCCCGUCAGAUCGAGCAUCGCCGGGAUGCUGCUUUCUUGAAGCGCAGAAACGCCCUGGGAAAGCGCGCGGCUUCCAACGCAAACCGCUUCAUGUACAAAGAGCUCCAGAACAAGACAUGUACCCUCUCUCCGGACACCAUCUUCGGUCCCUAUGAUGUUGACGGUGAGCUUCAUCGUCAUGACGUCCGAGAGGGACAAGAUGGAGUUGACCUCUACCUUGACCUCGGACUCAUUGAUCUUGAGACCUGUGAGCCUCUUUCGGACGCUUGGUUGACUAUCUGGUCUUGCAACGCCACUGGAACGUAUUCUGGAUACAUUGGAAUUGACCCUGAUACCGUGGAGGCAUACAAUGGCUGGACCACACGGUCGGAUGGCACAACCGACGACUCCACCUUCCUGCGCGGUAUCUCCAAGACCAACGAGGCUGGUAUCGGCGAGUUCCUGACAAUUUUCCCGGGCUACUACUCCUCGCGCACCACUCAUAUUCACGUCACUGUCCAGUCGAAGGUUGAUGGAGACGACACGAGCUACUCUGCCGCAGCAACUCAGCACGUUGGUCAGCUUUUCUUCCCCGAGGAUUUGAUCAACUCGGUUUAUCAGCUUGCUCCUUACCAUGCCCAUCUUGCUACCUUGAACCGUACCCUGAACUCCGAGGAUUCGCUUUACCCCACUGCCAACUCUGAUGGAAACGAUGCUAUCAUCUCCACGGAGUUGCUUGGACAAACUCUCGCCGAGGGGCUCAUUGGCUACAUUACGAUUGGUGUCAACAGGAGUGCAGCUGCCAUUGCCACAACCGGAGAACAGGUUAAUGUGCAGGGUGCUAUUCCUACUGUUUCGUUGAGCGCAAGCGCCCAAGCCGCAGCCAACACUAUUGAUAUUGCCCAGGGAUACCGGCCUAAUGGCAUGAAGGUAUGA